CAUAUGGAUGCAUGCAGAGCCUGUAGACCUGAGUGUAUGGACACUGCCUCUUAGAACUAGAACUUAGAGCUUUAUCUUGAAAAUGUACCACUGUUGCUGAAGCUCCUCAAUGAGUAUUUGUCAGGCAUUUUAAACUGCUAAGGCAAGAAGAAGUGUUCACCACAUAUUUCCAAAGGUCUUCAACUUGCCAGAGCCAACAGAAGAAUCAAAAUGAUUGAACCCUUUGGGAAUCAGUAUAUUGUGGCCAGACCAGUGUAUUCUACAAAUGCUUUUGAGGAAGAACAUAAAAAGAGAGACAGACCUCAUAAGACAUUUCUGGAUCAUCUCAAGGUGUGUUGUAGCUGUUCUACACAAAAGGCCAAGAGAAUUGUCCUCUCUUUGCUCCCCAUAGCAUCUUGGUUGCCAGCAUACCGGUUUAAGGAAUGGUUACUCAGUGACAUCGUUUCUGGUAUCAGUACAGGGAUGGUGUCCGUACUACAAGGUUUAGCAUUUGCUCUGCUGGUCACCAUCCCCCCAGUCCAUGGGUUGUAUGCAGCCUUUUUCCCAAUCAUAGUCUACCUUUUCUUCGGCACUUCCAGACACCUCUCUGUGGGUCCGUUUCCAAUUCUGAGUACGAUGGUGGGAAUAGCAGUUUCAAGAAUGGUCCCAGAUACCAGUAUAACUACUCCGGAAUUGUCUAACAGCUCAAUGAGUAAUGGGCUCAAUGAUUCAUUACUGAACGACAGGAAGGUGGUGGUGGCAGCAACAGUCUCACUGUUUUCUGGAAUCAUCCAGUUGGCCCUGGGGGUUCUGCGGAUCGGAUUUGUAGUAAUAUACUUAUCUGAGUCCCUCAUCAGUGGCUUCACUACUGCUGCCGCUGUUCAUGUUUUGGUUUCCCAGCUCAAAUUCAUCCUUCAGCUGCAAGUCCCAUCACACACUGAUCCAUUUUCAAUUUUCAAAGUACUAGAGUCCAUAUUCACACAAAUAGAGAAGACUAAUAUUGCAGACCUGGUGACAGGUCUGAUUGUCCUCUUGGUUGUAUUCAUUGUCAAAGAAAUAAAUCAGCGCUUCAAAGACAAACUUCCAGCGCCUAUUCCAAUCGAAUUCAUUACGACUGUGAUCGCAACAGGUGUAUCCUAUGGCUUUGACUUUGAAACCAGGUUUAAUGUGUCUGUGGUUGGGAACAUGGAACCUGGAUUUAUGCCCCCUGUUACACCUGACAUGCGGAUUAUCCCAGACACCAUAGGAGAUUGCUUCAGCAUCGCAAUCGUUGCAUUUGCAGUGGCCUUUUCAGUUGCCAGCGUCUAUUCCCUCAAACAUGAUUACCCACUUGAUGGCAAUCAGGAGUUAAUAGCCUUGGGAUUGGGUAACAUAGUCGCUGGAGCAUUCAGAGGAUUUUCUGGGAGUACUGCCCUCUCCAGAUCAGCAAUUCAGGAGAGCACAGGAGGCAAAACACAGAUUGCUGGGCUUAUUUCUGCCAUCAUCGUGCUGAUUGUCAUUGUAGCCAUUGGCUUUCUCCUGGAGCCUCUACAAAAGUCCGUCCUGGCAGCUUUAGCACUGGGAAACUUAAAGGGAAUGCUGAUGCAGUUUGCUGAAAUAGGCAGAUUGUGGCGAAAGGAUAAAUAUGAUUGUCUAAUUUGGAUCAUGACCUUCAUCCUCACCAUUGUCCUGGGACUCGGGUUAGGCCUGGCAGCUAGCGUGGCAUUUCAACUGCUAACCAUCGUGUUCAGGACCCAAUUUCCAAAAUGCAGCACACUGGCUAAUAUUGGAAGAAGCAACAUCUAUAAGAAUAAAAAAGAUUAUUUGGAUAUGUAUGAGCCAGAAGGAGUGAAAAUUUUCAGAUGUCCAUCUCCUAUCUACUUUGCAAACAUUGGUUUCUUUAAGCAGAAACUUCUCGAUGCUGUUGGCUUUAAUCCACUUCGAAUUCUACGCAAGCGCAACAAAGCUUUGAGGAAAAUCCGAAAACUGCAGAAGCAAGGCCUGCUACAAGUGACACCAAAAGGAUUUAUAUGCACUGUUGAUGCCAUAAAAGAUUCUGACGAAGAGCUGGACAACAAUCAGAUAGAAGUACUGAACCAGCCGAUCAGUACCACAGACCUGCCCUUCCAGAUUGACUGGAAUGAUCUUCCUCUCAACAUUGAGGUCCCCAGAAUCAGCCUCCACAGCCUCAUUCUCGACUUUUCAGCAGUGUCCUUUCUUGAUGUUUCUUCAAUGAGGGGCCUUAAAUCGAUUUUGCAAGAAUUUAUCAGGAUCAAGGUAGAUGUGUAUAUUGUUGGAACUGAUGAUGACUUCGUUGAGAAGCUUACCAGAUGUGAAUUUUUUGAUGAUGAAGUCAAAGACUCAAUAUUUUUCUUAACAAUCCAUGAUGCCGUUUUGCAUAUUUUGAUGAAGAAAGAUUACAGUACUUCAAAGUUUCAUUCCAGUCAGGAAAAAGACGGAAAAAUGGAUUUUACCAUAAAUACAAAUGGAGGAUUACGUAAUCGGGAAUAUCAGGUGCCAGUUGAAACAAGAUUCUGAUCAAUAUAAUUCAGAGGGAUCUUCAUCUGACUAUGACAUAAAAAGCAACUUUAUACCCAGAAAGUUAUUGCUAAGUUCAUACGUUGUAUGAAGAGCAUUUUUGACAAUUCAUGUUUCAAACUUUGGAACGAGAUUGUUCUAGCAUGGCAUAUUUUUCACAUAUCUAAUAUGAAAUUAUAUAAAUAUUCUUAAUUUUAUAUCUUGUAGAUUUAUCGAAGGACAAAAAUUAUUUUGUUUAUAUGUAUUUUUGUAGCACUGACAGAUUUCCAUCCUAGUCACUACCUUCAUUCAUAUGUUUAGCAGUAUAUUGAAACCACUGUUUUGAAUCUCAUAAUUUAUACAGGUCAUACUAAUAUAUUUCCAUUAAAAAAAUCAGUUGUACAGUG